GCCUAUAGUACUGAACGGUGGAUGUCCAGUAGUUUGACGUCGAGGAAGUGUUGAGGCAGAUGAGCAGCAGAGGAAGAGCCGGUGUGUGCUGAGCUGCGUGCAGAGAUGGUUCAUUCUAAUUUGGUUUUUCAGCAAGCAACAUUGUUAUAAUUGCAGAGCACACAGACAGCAUUUUAAAGCUGUUGUGUCUCAGCCCUCUGCUCUCGUUGACCGCAGUCUAUUGAAGGCUGAAUGACUGGAGGAACUCUCAGCCAGCAGACAGAGACAGCGGCUUCAUGGGAAAUGAAUGAAUCCAAGAGACAUCCAGCUGAGCUGAUCGAGCGACCCGACAGCCUUCUGAUUGCAACUUCGACAAAAUCUGGAAUUGCUUUACUGUACAACGAGGAGACCAACAACACCUAUGAUGUCUGCCUGAAACUGACCAGAGAGGUUUUAAUUAUUCAGAAGCUGGAUGUGGUCUGCACGAGCGGAGGUGAACCUCAUGUUAAUCACAGAACUGUUGUACUGAGGAGACAGGCGAGCGGCGGUCUGGGCAUAAGCAUCAAAGGGGGUGCAGAGCACAACGUGCCUGUAGUUAUUUCAAAGAUUUUUAAAGAUCAAAUCGCUGAUCAGACUGGGAAGCUAUUCGUUGGGGACGCUGUGUUGCAGGUCAAUGGCAUAAAUGUAGAGCCUUGUACUCAUAAAGAAGUUGUUCAUCUCCUGCGCUCUGCAGGAGAUGAGGUCACCAUCACUGUGCGGUUCCUGCGAGAAGUUCCAUCUUUUCUAAAAUUGCCUCUCGGUUCUCCUGGUCCGUCUUCUGAUCACAGCCAGGCGUCCUCUCCACUCAUUGGCCUCCACUUAAAUGGAAACGGAAACAACACAGCUCCAUCACCUCCUCUACCCCCAGCUAAUGAACCAAUGUAUGAGAAGCGCUGGCUGGAUGCGAUCUCACUGCCCUUGUUGAUGGCCAGAGUCUCCAGAUACAAAGCUGGCACAGAUGAAUUAAGGUCUAACUGUUUUGAAGUCUCCACCUUGGAUGAAGCCAAUAUUCUUCAGUUUUGUUCUGCGGCAGAAAGCACGGACUGGAUCCAGGCAAUAACUACAAACAUCAGUGACUUGACGCAUGAGAAUAUCAAACUCAUCAAUAAAUGCUGCUCAUCUGAUGAUCAGAUUGUUCACAUGGGCUGGGCAAAUGAAAGCCAAGAGGGUUGCACUGCUGGGAACACCUUAGCAUUCAAGUUCCUGGCACUGAGAGGACCAUAUUUUCAUAUCUUCAGAAGACCUCCGGUCAGUGUUGCUGACUGGGGACAAGCUGAAACAACUUAUAACCUCUAUGAGGUUUUUUUCAAAGUCCACAAGCUGUGGAUGGUUGAGGACUGCUGGCUCCAGGCGAGGCUCUACUUGGGGCUUGAGCAUUCACCAGAGCAACAGGACGACGAGUCUCUGUGCUUCAGUAUUCUGGUCGGCCACGGCCAGAGCCACACCUUCAGGGUCGAGCUGGCCAGAGACCUCGCUAUAUGGGAGAAGUCCUUCCAAAGAGCAGGCUUAUUGGAGGUGCAGCGAAUACAAUCUAAGAGCUACAUGUGCAGCAGCCAGGGUCAUUUGCUUUGCUUCAACAUAGACUUUGGAUCAGGAUUCACCUGCUCAGAGAAUACUUCAAAGACCAUACUGUGGCAAUAUAAGUUCUCUCAACUUAAAGGAUCCUCUGACGAUGGAAAAACCAGAGUAAAACUCCUUUUCCAGAACGCUGAAAGCAAGCAAAUAGAUAUGAAGGAACUAGAGUUUGCUAAUCUAACAGCCGUCCUUCACUGUAUACAUUCUUUUAUCGCUGCCAAAGUGGCCUCCAUGGACCGUCUCUGUACUGGCAGUCAGACCUUCCCUGGAAAAAACAUGAACGGUUGAAAAGACUCUCCCUCAACCUCAGAUGCACAUGCGGCAAAUCAGCAGUAUUUUGUGCACUUUACUAAAGGAUGUGUAUUUCCUGUUUUUGAUAUUUUUCUAUCAACUGCUGAACGAGUAUUUGUAUUAAGAAAAAAAUGAGUAGAGUUUCACAAAGUAUAAAUUACUCCUUUUGUAAAUGGUAGAAUAAAAAACAAUUUAAAUUGAUUUCUGGGUAUGUUCAGAUACUUUUCUAAAGUUCUUUCUUGUCUAAAUCUUUAAAGUCUGACCUAGCCCCCAUGUGUUACUUGGAAAAUUAACUUAUAUGAACUCAUAACCCUCUUAUUGAAAGAGUUAUCAGUGGUUUGUUUAUGAACAGACAAGAUCAUUUUCUUGAUUGUUGUUUUAACCAUGACAGACUCAUAAAAAGUCAUAAAACCAUCAGUUUUCAAA